AUGUUACAGUUACUGAUCUCGAAGAAGUUCAAGAUUUGCUGAAAAUGAACAUUGAGAACAAUCAGCAUCUUAUCACCGGUUCAAUUCAAGCCAAGGUACUGAAAUGGGGUGAGGACGUAACAGACUUCCUUCCGGCGCCGGAUUAUAUACUGAUGGCAGACUGCAUCUACUAUGAAGAGUCGUUGGAGCCACUAAUCAAGACGCUGAAGGACCUUUCUGGCCCAGAGACCCAAAUCCUCUGCUGCUAUGAAGAAAGAACGAUGGGGAAAAACCCAGAAGUGGAGCGGAGAUACUUUGAGCUUCUUCAGAAGGAUUUUGAAUUGGAAAAAGUUCCCCUAGACAAGCAUGACGAGGAGUAUCGGAGCGAGGACAUUCAUAUCUUCAUCAUCCGGAAGAAAGGAAUGAAUGCCCCGUCAUGAGGAAGGCGCAAAACAACGGGAAGUCCUUUGCGCAGCUCCGGUUUGAGAGGACUCUCCUGUGCCGUUUCCGCUGUCUGCCGCUGGUCUUGAAGGAGCCGCAAGCACACGCUGGAAGCCAGACCUGAUGGCCCCGGUGAUGUUUCUGCACACAAGCUGGCUGUAGGAGGAGGAAGACGUGGGAAGCCAGGCGUAAUGUAUGUAGAAACAGACGGGAUUCUUAGAGGAUACCUUUCCGGACAGUCCCUCUUGCACCAUAAUAUGUUUCGUUAUGAAUGGUUACCGAGAUCUACAUUCGAAAGAUAAAGAGAUUUUAUCAAGCGCUUGUGUGGCGUCCUCUCUUUAGGGAGGACUGGUUUUCCCUUUAAGUGUGCUCUUUGCUUUUGUAAACGGGGUAGAUUUUGCUGCCACCAGGAAUUUAAGGAUUUCCAAACCUUCUCUCUGUUUCUUUUGCUGGUAAGGUGACCUAGAGUCGGGGGCUUUUCAGUGAUCUAUGUGGUCCUGAGGAAAGACAGAACUAAAUUCGGGGAUAAGCUUGAACAAAAGAUGAUUUAUUGAAGUAAGAACAAGAUAUGAGGUUGGUUAUUCUGUAACUAUUUUUGAUAAAGGGACUUGAAAAUAUGUCUAUUAAAUGUAUCACACA